AGAGAGAGAGAGAGAGAGAGAGAGAGAGAGAGAGAGAGAGAGAGAGAGAGAGAGAAGAGAGAGAGAGAGAGAGUUUAUAGUCAUGAUGUCUUAUAUGAAACCUCAUUACUCUGUGAGCGGUUUGACUCUGUCCGGUACCGGGAUGGAUCUCCUGCACUCUGCUGUCGGUUACCCCAACACUCCACGCAAACAGCGGCGCGAGAGGACCACGUUCACGCGCGCGCAGCUCGACAUCCUCGAGUCGCUGUUCGCCAAGACGCGAUACCCGGACAUCUUCAUGAGAGAAGAGGUGGCGCUCAAGAUCAACCUGCCCGAGUCCAGAGUUCAGGUGUGGUUUAAAAACCGGCGCGCUAAAUGCCGUCAACAGCAACAGCAGCAGACGAGCGGCCAGAGCAAACCCCGACCCCCGAAGAAGAAGUCGUCAUCGCCGGCGAGGGAGGCCAGCGUCAGCACCAACGGACCCUACAGCCCGCCGGCCCCGGUCAUCGCGGCCAGCAGCACGAGCGCCACGGUGUCCAUCUGGAGCCCGGCGUCCAUCUCGCCGCUGUCAGACCCCCUGUGCGUGUCGAGCAACCCCUGCCUCCAGCGCUCGAGCGCGUACCCCAUGACGUACACACAGGCCCCGGCCUACAGUCAGGCUUACGCGGCCUCGUCCUCGUACUUCACCGGGCUGGACUGCAGCUCGUACCUGUCACCCAUGCACCAGCAGCUGUCCGCCACAGGGGGCGCGCUCAGUCCCAUCAGCGCGAGCUCCAUGGGCGGGCCGCUCAGUCAGUCUCCGGCGUCGCUGACGUCACAGGGCUACGCCGCCGCGUCUCUGGGCUUCAGCGCCGUCGACUGUUUGGACUACAAAGACCAGACGGCGACGUGGAAACUGAACUUCAACGCUGCCGAUUGUCUGGACUACAAGGAUCAAAACUCGUGGAAGUUCCAGGUCCUGUAGACCAGAGAGACAUUAGUCACGACGAAUGUGUAAAACAAGUUUUGUGUUUUAAAAGACGACUACUGAAAUCUCCUGUAUGUGAUCGUUGUUGCCGAAUGUUCAUGUUUGAUCUUCGUUAUUUAUGAAUAUUAGCCGGAAGAUGAUUUGAUGGUUUUCUGCGUUUAAUUCGACUCCCACUGACUGAAACGAAACUUUCGGAAGCAGAUGAACAUCAGCGCGAGACUCCAGUGAGCUCAAAGCAUGCCGGGAUUGCUACCGUCGCUCACUGCUGUGUAUUUAUGGAUGUCAAUGAUGAUGAGGAUCCAAAGAAGAUUCUUCAUUUCUGUUUGAUGUGUUACCGUAAAUCAUUCUGUAGAUCUGGCGUUUAAUUGUGUUCAACUGAUAAUAACUUUCAUGAUUUUUUGUAACUUUCGUCUCUGUUAACUGUUCCUUGACAAUGACGUCUCGUGCGUUCAUGCAGUUCAACAACACGCAAACGUUGUGUCUGUGUGGCGAGACGCUGCCAAUAAUCAUGACUUCUCCAACUCAGGGCUUUUGCUAACAGAUGCAGAGAUUUUAGACUGCAAUGCGGUUUAUAUUUGUACAAAUCAUAAGUCAUGUUUUUAAAUCAACACUCUUUCGUGUGUGAAAUCUCCUCCUCAUUUGUAGCGUUUCCGCUGUGAUUGUACAUCGAUUCUUGUAGUUUUGAGACUUGUGUCUCUUCUUCUAAAUAAACAUUUUCUUUCCAUUAA